CAACCCGCGUGCCCGCGUGCUGCUCCCUUCGUCUCCACGCGCGGUCGCGCACUGCUGCAGGAACUUGCCCGGCCGGCCACCGUCUGUUCCUUUCCUUUCCCAAGAGGCCAAGGCCACAAGGCCUAUAUAAUAGCUACGAUACAACGAGUCGCUUCCCCAGGUUGCACAACCGAUUCGAUUCCUCCCUUCGCGUCUACUCCAAAUCAAGUUCGCCGCACUCCCGGCCCGGUUCUUCUCAACCGCCGCUUGCCUAACCGAUCAGACCACGCGCGCCCAUUUCCUUCUUGGUUUCUUCUCAGAUAUACUCUUGGUCGUCCUUGGAUUGGCCAACAUAAUGCCACUCGCGAGCUGUAAGUUCUCCGCCGUCCGCCUGUGUGGAGCCACGCUCCGGCGGCCGACGGCGCUGGUCAAGAAACCGGCAGCGUCGCUCGCUGUGCGUUGCUCAUCCCGCCCCGACGACGCGGAGUUCAGUUGCGGCGGCGGGAGGCUGGUGGACGAGGGCAUGGUCGUCCUGCGGCGGCGCAUCCACGAGAUGAAGGCCGCGGAGACCAACUGGGAGCCGCCCGCGGAGUGGGCGGCGUGGGAGGAGGAAUGGUACGGCAGCUACGACGCCGACGUCUGCGACCUCUUCAGCGCGCUGCAGGCCUUCCUCGCGAGCUCCCGCCCCGGCGUCGGCGUGGGGCUCGUCGUCCUGCUCAUGCUCGCCGUGCCCACAUCUGCAUUCGUCCUCGUCUCCCACCUCCUCAACGCGUCGCGGGCGAUCGUCUCCAAUCUGCAGCAGUGAUGGAACUUGCUAAAUGAUCUCUAUUCUUCUGUUCCACAUUGUCCGUCCGUAGAUGGCUGUAUUGGAAGUCAUACAUGUAAUAAUGCUACUGAAACUGAUUGAAAAAAAAAAUCAUUAAUCUA